GAGGACGAUUCCUCCCACCGGUUGUUUUGGAAACGGCUUCGCAAAGUGAAAGCCUUCCUGCUCAUGCGCAGUACUCACAUCUAGCCCCGUCCAGAGAGCCUUAUGACAGUUGCGCAUGCGCUUUCGUAAGGAGGAACUCCAAAGUCGUCUCGCUGCGGUCCUCCUGGGGAGGCUUUGAGUGAAAUGAGUAGCGGGGCUGCCGGGACCUUAAGCGUCAAUAAAACUGCGGAGUCUCCGGUUUCUGAAAGCGGCAAUAAAAGGAGGGAUUCACUUGGGUCCGCGUCCUCUUGUCCUAUUUUUAAAGAUGUUGGCGAAAUAUAUUCCCGACUUCUGGACCACAGACCAGUUAUUCAAGGAGAAAUUCGUUAUUUCAUCAAAGAAUUUGAAGAAAAAAGGGGUCUCCGAGAAUUGCGGGUUCUUGAAAACUUAAACAACACAAUAUUUGAGGCAAAUGACAAGAUUUUGCCAAAAUGCGAAGAAGUAAUGCAUGGAAAUCUAAAUGAAAUAUUAAAGAGAUUACAGGUAGCCAACCAGAUGUUCCAUACAUUGCAGCAAACAGAACAGGAAGAAAGUCAGCUUCAGACUGAGAAACUAAGAGCUGGUGAAGCCCAACGUAUAGCUGACUGGGAGGAAUUCAUGAAGGAGCAGCACCGCCUGAAAACAAUGGUCAAUGAAGAGCAUACAAAAGCUAUGGAGCAUCUUAAAGAACAAUAUGCAGCUUUGGAGAAGGACCUCCCAAAACAGGCUCUUUAAGAAACUCUCUUCUGGCAUUUUCUGGCAGUUUUCAAGUUUCAGGAUUUCCAGCACAGUAUUAGAAUCUAGAUAAAAAUAACGGGGACCAAAACCAAAAGUGCUAAGUUGCAAUUGAAAUUGGUUCCUUGCACUGAGUGAUUGUUUCAAACACACACACAAAAGGUUUGGUAGCAGCAAUAACAGUAUUGUACUUCAACAAAACCAGGUUAAGUGCACAGUUAAAGUCUAUUUACAAAAUGAAUAAUUAGGUAUGCUUUUUUUUAGUCCUUUCAAUGAGCUCUCCUGUUACUUUCCCUGAAGAAUUCGCUUCAGUUGGAGGCAGGGAGGGGUCAUAAUUAUGUGCAGACAUACAGCAAUGGCCUGACGUGUAGAGUUAAUAACUGUAAAAGGCCACAUAACUUGAGAGUAUAAUAGUCUGAAGUCCAUGAAUGAAUUCUUUAUGUUACUAAGGUUAUCAGGAUAAGUUUUAAAAACCCUGAGAAAGAAGUCAUCAUUGCACUGAAUUUGUUCUGACUAGAGAGAAUGGGAGGGUAUUAGGUUGGCUGUCUUUGAGGUAUGUAUUUAUCCUAUUAGUAUUCCUGUGUGUCAUACAAAAAAAUACUCUCGUAUGUUUAAUGGCCUGAAAAGCUCUGGAAUAGGGUUGUGUAGUUUCAAAGGCAAAAUGCAAUUUGUAGUAUGCAGUGAUGUGCCUAUAAUAUCUUCAGGAUCAUCUCAGACUUUCUCAGGAUCAUGCUGCAGCUGCAAAUGACACUCACAUGAGUCUUAAGAAAAAUCACUGCUUCUUUAACAUGUUUCUUUACAGAUGCUACUUUUGGCUCCACAUGCACUUUGAAGCCUGUGUUGGCUUUGAAUCCUCUGCAGCCUUUCACUGACAAUAUUUAACAUUAUAGGGGGUUGAGCCCUUUUGGUGAACACUGCAAAUGAACAGUGUUCUUGCAGAUCAAAUUGUGUUUUACAAGUAAAUAGUAUUCUGGAGCAUAAUUAAUUUGUGGGUGAACUCCAUGAUUUAAUAUGUAUUAAAUAUCUGCAUACUGUGAGCAAAGUUCAUGAUUUAGUUCUUUGCCAUUUUAUCUGUUUAAAAAAAGCAAUAACAAGGUGAAAGUUGAAAUAAGUUAGGCAAAAGGCAAGAAAAUUGAGUGUUAUUUUAACAGGCAGUCUAUAAAAUAGAGAAAUGUAAAACAAAAUUACGCAUUAUCUGUGUUGCAAUUGCAAUAAGCCAACAAUAGGCUGCUUGUGUGAAUGUAUGGCUUAGUGUCAAGACUAUCCUGACAGUCUGUUGAUAAUGUGAUUAAAGUGAGCAGAGGAGAUGGAAUAA